AUGAAGAUGUUUAACAUGACUUUAGAAUUCAAGGUGACAGAAUUCACGAUCCAGUGUUUUUCCCAAAAUCAGAAUGCACUUUUCAUAAUGUUUUUAAUCAUUUAUCUGAACAUUGUGUUAGGGAACAUAGCUGUUUUCACUUGUAUUACUUUGGAUUCUCACUUGCACACCCCUAUGUAUAUCUUCCUGGGAAACCUAUCGUUAUUGGACAUUUUGUCUACUUCAAAUAUUCUACCAAAGCUUCUGUCCAUGCUCUUCACACAACAUAAGAUUAUAAACUUCCAUGGGUGUAUGACACAACUAUACUUUUUCAUCUAUUUUACUUGUACUGAAUUCUUUCUUCUUGCCGUCAUGGCUUAUGAUCGCUAUGUGGCUAUUUGUCACCCACUUCACUACACUUUACUUAUGACCAUAAGGCAGUGCGCUCUAUUUUUAGUAACUGUAUGGACUGCUGCUGCAUUGGAACCAGUUUUUCAUACUGUUUAUAUAGCAAAAUUGUCCUUUUGUUCAUCGCACCAAGUUAACCAUUUUUUCUGUGACAUUUCUCCUUUGUUGAAACUUUCCUGCAGUGACACAAUGCAUGUAGAGAUUGCAACCUAUGUUUUAGGAGCAAUUGUGGGACUGAGCUCCUUCACACUUACCUUAUCUUCCUAUGUCUUUAUCAUAAUUGCUAUCCUGAAUAUUCGGUCUGCAGAUGGGAGACGUAAAGCAUUUUUCACCUGUGCCUCACACCUCAUUUCUGUUGUUAUAUUUUAUGGAACCUCUCUCUCUUUGCAUGUAAGACCCAUAUCAACAUAUUUUCCAAUGCAGGACAAGAUUUUCUCUCUUCUGUACAUCAUAUUGAUCCCAAUACUUAACCCUAUUAUUUAUACAAUGAAGAAUAAGCAAUUUAAAGAUGCCUUUAGAAAAUGUAUUAAAUUAUGA